CCUGAUUGAUUGCAACUAAUUAUUAGGUUAUGUAUUUUCUAUCAGAAAUAUUAAAUUACAUUCUUGUGUUUUUAUGAUACAUAAACGAAAAUAAUGGUGUAUUAUUUCGAAAGUAACGUUGUUUCACCCCCAACUCUUUUAUUCAUGGGAUUUGAUAAAAAUGAGAACGAAGAUUUAAUAAAAUGGGGUUGGCCUGAAGACGUCUGGUUUCACGUUGAUAAACUUUCUUCUGCCCAUGUAUAUUUGAGGCUUCGGCCGGGUCAGACAAUAGAUGAUAUUCCCUCAGCUGUCUUAGAAGAUGCAGCCCAGUUAGUUAAGGCCAACAGUAUAAUGGGAAAUAAAAUGAAUGAUAUUGAUGUAGUUUACACAAUGUGGUCUAAUUUGAAAAAAACUGCGGGUAUGGAAGUUGGUCAAGUCGGUUUUCAUAAAGAGAAGGAAGUUAGAAAAAUUAGAGUAGCAAAAAAAAUUAAUGAAAUUGUCAAUAGGCUAAACAAAACGAAAAGAGAAGAAUUUCCAGAUUUUAGAGCAGAGCGAGAGAAAAGAGACAGAAUAGAAAGGGAAGACAAGAAAAAAAUAUUAAGAGAACAAAAGAAGAAGGAAGAGGAAGAUGAGAAAAAAAGAAAAGAAGACGCGGAACUUCGAAGUUAUAAUUCAUUAAUGAAUGUAGACAAUAUGGCUAAAUAUGAUGAUGGAAAUGAUUCAGAUGACUUUAUGUAACAUUUAAAAAUAUCGUUAUGAUAAAUUCUCAAUGUUAAUAUUCAUUGUAAAUGUAAGUUUUAAAGGUUCAUUGUACAUUCUGCAACAGAAUUGGAACAUACUAAAAUUUCUUUGUUAAAGGUAAAUGGAAUAAAUUCAUUUCAGUAAAAAUAAGUUGUGAAUAUAAUUUAUUAUACUCGUUUAUAUUG